CGGAGGUUAAGGAGCACUGCUUAGCGUGACCUUGUCCUGUAGCGCCUACUUGAGCGCUCUGUGUUCCUCGCUUCUUCUUGUUCUCUCCUUGAUCGACUGCGCGGCGAGCGGCAGUGUGUUUGAUCGAUCGAUCGAGGAUCAAGACUGGCGUCACGGGAUAUGGCGCGCUAGCUCGCAUCGAUCUUUCUUGCUCCAUCGGAUGCCUCCGUCGACGAUUAUGGCCGCGCGCUAAGCUCUGCGACCAUCGAUGCCAUUCGCGAUGCCUCGCUAGAGCGCUAGAGCUUCUCUCCGCAGAUCGCAUUUCUAUCGAGGGGGUCCUCGGUCGUCGCUCCGGCAAUGGCAAUCCCUCGCUAAGCCGUGGUUUUCUUCUUUCUUUCCAGGAUGCCUCGCUAAAAGCGACUAGCGAGCGUUCCAUUUGGAUCAACUCCGGAGGAGGCCAUAAUAUUUGUUCUUCGUCCUCCCGAGAAGAAAGAAAGAAGCCGCCAUGUAAGUAUGUAAACCCCUACCAAAGAGUGGCUUUUGGGAGUUAAAGGCUCGACCAGCGGUCUGGUAGCACUUGGUUUUCAUUGCCAGCUGUUUACAACACAGAGAGGCAUUCACUCCGAAUAAACCGUGGCAGAAGGAAGAGAGAGAGAGAGAUCACCGAUCAUCAAUCACAGCUCCAUGCCAGAGCUUCAUGCGUCGUUGGUACUCUUCCACAGAAUUACUAUAUGAAUUCCUGCAAAGUAAAAGCCUCAGAGAAGCUUCACUGGGCAUCGCGGAUCCCGUAAAAUAAGCCCACCAGCAAAGUCGUCGCGAUUGCUGCUCCAGAGAUCAACAUGGGGGUGAUGAUGCGCUAAGUGCCAAGUCGCUGCUCAGAUCCCAAUUUCUUUUCAACGUGUUUACCAUGGAGAGGGGAACUAAUUUUUCUCUGGAGCGUAUAAUAUCGUCCAUCAAAGUCAUGGAUCGCUAAAGCUUCUUUUCGUUGCUCCCUGCGGGGUUGCUACUGUUGCUCCAUGCUGCUGCUCGAGCUUUCAGAGCUUCUUGCAACGACACCAACAAGAUGUACGAAGUUCCACCUUUUGGAGCACUGUGCAUCGCUGCGUCGAGAUUUGGAAUAAGGGGCAAAAGAUAUACUUCACAAUAUCAAGCGAGUUCUAACUUAAUUUUCUCCGAGAUACGAAUAAGAGAAUGGGGGCGCUAACAGAACCAAUCCAGUUUUGCCCGUAGCCUGCAUCUGAUAAGCCUCCUCUUCUUUUUCAUUUUCUUGACUUCCCGAUACCAUCAUCACCACCUUUUGCUUCAAAAUGGAAGAGACAUUCGUUCCUUUCCGAGGAAUUUUAAACGACGUCAAGGGGCGUAUAAAAUGUUACAGGCAGGACUGGAUUGGCGGCUGGAAUGCUGGCUACAGAAUAUUUGCUCCCACGACAUACAUCUUUUUCGCUUCGGCCAUUCCAGUAAUAUCUUUUGGAGAGCAACUCGAUAGAGAUACAAAUGGAAUCUUAACUGCCGUGCAAACUCUUGCAUCCACUUCUCUCUGUGGGCUCCUACACUCGAUCAUUGGAGGCCAACCUUUACUCAUCCUUGGAGUUGCAGAACCAACAGUCAUUAUGUAUACGUUUAUGUAUGACUUUGCAAAGAACAGGGACGAUCUAGGCCCCAAGCUUUUCUUGGCCUGGACGGGAUGGGUCUGCGUUUGGGUUGCAAUUUUGCUGUUUCUCUUAGCAAUCUUGGGGGCUUGUUCUAUCAUCAACAGGUUUACGAGAAUUGCCGGAGAACUCUUUGGAAUGCUCAUUGCAGGCCUUUUCAUGCAGCAAGCAAUCAAGGGUAUCGUCGGGGAGUUUCGUAUACCCAAGCGAGACGAUCCUUCGUUGCAAGAGUUCAGCACGCCCUGGCGCUUUUCAAAUGGCAUGUUUGGCUUGGUACUUUCGUUCGGUCUGCUGCUUACAGGAUUGAAAAGCAGGAAGGCAAGGUCCUGGCGCUAUGGUGCUGGCUGGAUGCGUGGUUUAAUAGCUGACUAUGGACUUCCGCUCAUGGUUCUCGUGUGGACUGGCAUUUCUUAUGCCGCCGCGAAUGACACUCCAGCUGGGAUUCCAAGACGUCUAUACAGUCCGAAUCCUUGGUCACAUCGUGCUAUGGCAAAUUGGACAGUGAUCAAGGAAAUGCGGGAUGUUCCCAUUUUAUACAUCAUAGGAGCGUUCAUUCCAGCAACCAUGAUCGCAGUGCUCUAUUAUUUUGAUCACAGUGUUGCUUCCCAGCUGGCUCAACAGAAGGAAUUCAACUUGCGCAAGCCCUCUUCUUACCACUAUGAUCUGCUACUGCUAGGUGGAAUGGUUAUUAUCUGUGGCCUGCUUGGAAUACCACCUUCGAAUGGAGUCAUUCCGCAGUCUCCCAUGCACACGAAGAGCCUAGCAACACUAAAACACCAGAUUAACCGCGAUAAGCUAGUAAAGACGGCAAAGUCGAGCAUCAAUAACAACGAAACUCUGGGACAGCUUUACGGUAACUUACAAUCUGCGUACAAGGAGAUGGAGUCACCACUUCGGUUUCAGCCAGCAUCAUCUCGGGUAUUGAAAGAACUGAAAGAAGAAACUUCUCAAUACACUUCAGCAGACUCGGUAUUGUCAGGACUGCCAGUUGACACUAGCGUUUUCGAUCCGGAAAAGGACGUCGAUGACUUGCUCCCUGUGGAAGUGAAAGAGCAACGAGUUAGCAACCUUUUGCAGUCUUUGCUUGUUGGAGGCUGCGUCGGUGCCAUGCCACUGAUCAAGAAAAUCCCAACUUCAGUUUUAUGGGGCUACUUUGCCGUCAUGGCGAUAGAGAGCUUGCCAGGAAACCAGUUCUGGGAGAGGAUCUUGCUACUCUUCACCGCACCCAGCCGCAGAUUCAAAGUCCUGGAGGACGUGCAUGCCGCGUUCGUGGAGACAGUCCCAUUCAAGACGAUAAUUAUCUUCACACUGUUCCAGUUCGUCUAUCUCCUGGCCUGCUUUGGGAUUACGUGGAUCCCAAUUGCCGGUGUCCUGUUCCCCUUGCUCAUCAUGCUCCUGGUGCCGAUUCGCCAAUACGUUCUACCAAAGUUCUUCAAGGCACACCACUUGCAAGAGCUGGACGCCGCCGAGUACGAAGAGGCCCCCGCAAUGCCAUACAACAGCGCAAUGAGAGAAGCCGAAUCCACGAUGGAAGUUUUGAGAUCACCACGGCAGGAUGUGAUGAGAUCGCCACUCCGGAUGGAAGGAGGAGGAUCACCGCUACCUUUAUCGCCUGUGAGGGCGCGCUCUUCGCCGAAGCGUGUAGGUACCAGCGACGCAGAGGUCCUGGACGCGGUCACCACGAGAAGCCGUGUGGAAUUCAAGCACCAGUACAGUCCAUUACGAAUGAUACCGGACAGCUCCUCUCCCGGCUCUUAAGCUUGUAAGUUAUCACCAGCAUUCUACUUCGCUUCUAGCAAUUUAGAUUUCUAGCCUUGGCUGCGAAUAAGGCGUGCAACAGCAGCACAACCCUUCCGAAAAACUGUCCCAGAAAUGUUGUUAAAAGAGAGAUCCAGCUCCUCCAGAUGCUCGAUCUGAAACGUUUGAUUGUCAACUGACGAUCUCUAAAUAUGAUAAAGUUCGUCUCUUUAACCAA